AGAUGAGACACGAAGGUACACAAAAAUGCUGGAUAAACUCAGCGGGUGCAGCAGCAUCUAUGGAGCGAAGGAGAUGAGACACGUUUGUCGGUCUAGGAAAGUUGGGCCGAAGAGACUGUUUCCACACAUAAUGACCUAUGACUCUAAGAAUAUACGCGCCCCUUUUACAUGUAUCAUGGCAAGAGAAUAUGAGUAUUGGAGCUCUGUUUAGCUAGUCCAACAAAGAGCAGUUCAACAUAACCGUCCCUACAUUAAUUAUCACCCGGUGACACAGUUGGAAUCUUGAGCAAAACACAACUGGUUGAGUAACUCAACGGGACAGGCGGCAUCUGCGGAGGGAAUGGAGAGAUGGCGUUUCGGGUCGGAACUCUGGUUUUGGCUAAAUCAUCCGUCUGAAUUGGGAAAACACCAGAAACGGUGCUUGGGAAACACAGAACCCAGCGCAUUCUGGGUUUAUCAAGCACCAUUUUGGUUUCCCGCACUCCUACUUCCUGUUCCCGUGCCGCGGGUUAGUGUUGGGCGAGAGGAGCUCUUGGAGCUGAACUGCAAGCAGUGAGGAAACCGGAGCUACCCGUCCGUCGCAGCGCUGGACGCCAGGCUGCAGCCGGCUCUUGUUGAAAUGGCAUCGAGAAAGAGGAGGUUGCAACCUCCUGAGUACCCGGGGAGCUGCGGGACAUCCAGCGAGCUGCAAGCUGCAGCAGAGAAGCUGGAGCGCGGUGCAGCGGCCGAGCCCCGGGUGUGGGACAACGGCGCAGCCACCGAGCUCCAGCCCCGGGUCCACGGUGCAGCGGCCGAGCUCCAGCCCCGGGUCCACGGUGCAGCGGCCGAGCCCCGGCAUCAGGGAGCAGCGGCCGAACCCCGGCACCAGGACCACGGUGCAACCUGCACCGAGCGUUUCCACGCUUGCACGGCGUCUCCUCGCAGGCUCCUGUGGGAUUUCUUCCGCCGGCCUUGCGUGGCCCUGGCCCGGGAGUGCCUGGGACAGGUGAUGGUGCGGAGGCUUGCGGAUGGCACCGAGCUGAGGGGCAGGAUCGUGGAGACCGAAGCUUACCUGGGCGGUGAGGAUUAUGCCUCACACUCCCGCGGCGGCAGGCGGAGCCUCCGCAACGCCGCGAUGUUUAUGAGCCCAGGCACUCUGUACGUCUACCAGAUCUACGGCCUUUACUUCUGUCUGAACUUGUCGAGCGAGGGCGACGGGGCGGCCGUGCUGGUCCGCUCGCUGGAGCCUCUGCAAGGGCUCGAUACAAUGAGGGGACUCCGCAGCAAGCGCAGGAAAGCAGGGGGCAAGCCGCUCAAAGACCACCAGCUCUGCAAUGGCCCCUCCAAGCUGUGCCAAGCGCUGGACAUCACCAAGAGCUUUGACCAGGAGCAUCUGGCCACGACCACGGAUCUCUGGAUUGAACGAGGUCCCCAAGCCAUUGCUGGAACAGAGAUCAUCUCCAGCAGCCGCAUCGGGAUAGGUUAUGCGGGGGAGUGGGUUAGCAAACCUCUCCGCUUUUACAUAAAAAACAACAAGUGUGUGAGCGUUAUUGACAGGAAAGCCGAGGCGAUGAACGACUAGUCGAACUGAAGAUGCCGGUUUACACAAAAGGACACAAAGUGCUGAAAUAACUCAGCAGGUCAGGCAGCAUAUCUGGAGAACAUGCAUAGUUUCGUUGACGUUUCGGGUCUAAUUAUCAAUGCCCUCCUUAUAUUGUUAGUGGUUCUGUGGCUUCGUUUUGUUUUAGAAGCCCAAGUCGUUAUUUCUUUUCUCCAGAGAUGCUACAGCUUUUUGUGUCUAUCUUCAGUCAUUUUUUAUGCUAAGCCUGUUCAAAAUAGGGAGGUUUCACGCCAGUCGGGUCACGACCCAUGACCCGUACUGUUGCUACGCUACUCCAAGUGGAGUACACGCGAUGUACUGCUGGUAGGCACUUACCAUUGUUUCCAGCGUAGCGGGCCCGUUAAAACCCGCUGAAAUUGUCAUUUUUUUGCGCUGUAAAUAAUUAUGGAAAUCGGGCUAAGCGUGAGAGACAUUUAGCAUACUUCAGAAUUCCAAAAGUGAGGAGAAAUGACGGUAGAUAGAAACAAGAAGGGACAACAACAGCCAGAGGGCUUGGCGAACAUUGGCCGUUUGCUCACUGCAUUUCAUCAACAGUAAGGCAUUAUUUGUGUAUUACAUGGUUCUCGUGGGUUUUUACAUACAAAAUGAAAACGCAUCUGAAGAAAAAAUUACAGCCAGAUUUAUCACUUCUGAGAAUUUUUAGAUGUCAAAGGAAUCAAGAAAAAACACAAAUAAUGCCUUACCUGAUGAAAUGCAGUGAGCAAACGUGAUAAUUCCAAAUAUUUUCAAUGUUUACCAAGCACUUUAGCUGCUGUAGUCCCUUCAGUUCUCGCUUCUCUAUACAUUCAUUUCGCUUCACGUUUGGAAUUCUAAAGUUGGGUACAUGUCUCUCACAAAAUUUUUUCCAGCGCAAAAAUUCAACAUUUUGGCGGUUUUUAACAGGUAGGAAAGUAUGCGUUUCUAGCAUUAAUAACAUAUACCGGAAGUGACGGAUGUCUUCCAGUUGGAUUUAGCAGCUCCGUGCGUCGAGCCCUAUGACCCAGCGACCUUUCGUGCAACCACCCUAUAUCAUUUGAUGUGAUAUUACGAGAAAUGAGUAACCAAUGACCUUGUAACAGUCAUAUUGAAAUAAUAUUGACAAGAAAGGCCGUGUGGGCGAGUUGGGCAGAAGGACCUAUUUCCACACUGUCACUCUAAAGGGAAAAUAAUUUAAUAUCCCUGAAUUAAAACAAUCACUUACAAAAAUAAAGUUAAAUCAGCAUUAAGGCCUCACAGCUAGAGGAGACAGUCUAGCCAACAUUUUAAAAUUGCACUGGUCAUCCAGUAGGGACAGGUAGGAUUUUUAAUACAUUUCAUGUAUACUUCCAUUAAUUUUAUAGUGUUCACUAUUUAUUUUAGUUAUAUUUAUUAUAAAGGGUAAUAAAGGCUACGUAAUAUAGAGGCCAUUCACCUAUCAGGUCUGUACCAGGACUGUUAAAACAGUCCAACAGCUGAUAAUACCACAAUUCUAGUCUUUCCACAAAAUUUUACAUCCGCCUUGAUUGGCUAAGAUGGGAGAUUGUAUUCCACAUAAUUGUAUAUAUCUUUCCUCUGCUCUUACCCUUGGUGGUAAUUUUGACAUUUUGGUUGCUGACAUCUCCAAUUAAGAAAUGUGUCCUUCACUAUCAAAAUGCUUUUUAUCAUUUUCAAUACAUCUCAAUUUACCAGUUCCAGUAUCUCAACUUUUUCACAUAAUUACAACUUUCUACUUCUACAGCCUCAGACAAUGUGUCUAAAAGGAGUAGAGGAACAUAGGGUUUAAGGGUAUAGAUAUAAGAUGAUAAAACUUAGCAGAAUUAGCCAUCCAGCCCAUCGAAUCUCCACCAUUCGAACGGAUUUAUUUUACCCCCUCAAUCCCAUUCUCCUACCUUCUACCCAUGAUCUUUGAUGCCAUUACUAUGUGUCAAUGCAUGUUGUGGUACAAUCACCCUAUGACACAAAUUCCUCAGUAAUCAAGAGCAGAGAAGACCUAACUGCAUACCAACCCUUCUCACCCAAAUGCAAUUUAUAAGACAUAGGAGUGGAAUUAGUACUCUGCUGUUCGAUCGUGGGUGAUCUAUUUUUUCCUCUCAACCCCAUCCUCCUGCCUUCUCCCCAUAACCUUUGAUGCCCUUACUGUAAAUGUGAGCAGUGCCAACUAAUUCUAAUUUGUUUGUGGUUUAGUGACCAAAUUUUUAACCAAACUGGUGUCAAACCACCUGCAAUGUAACAUUUCAAAGAAUUUCUCAAUCCUUACGGCAUUCUCUUCAUACAAUUAUUCAACAUUUCUCCAAAAUGAUGAAUAGUUUGACAAAUGCAAAUGCCAGAGUUGGUUCAUCAAAGUACUUCUCUAAUUUUCCAUUGAGUGGUUUUACUGUGCCUGCUCUGUUUGGUUUCUCUUUAAAUUUGACAUUUUCUGGAAAUGCAGAACCACACAAUUACUCUGGAAACAACAGCUGGGUUUUACUGACAAGCCCUGCAAGUGCUGUUUACAGUGAAAGAUCUGGUGGAACUGCGCACUCAUCUACUCUGCUUGUUCAAAAAUAACAACCAACAAUCAUCAGGCUCUUGAAAACUACACAACAUUAAUCUCAACUAUCAACUUCUAUAGACUGUCUUUGGUUACACUCAGAAGGGGCAGAAGAGCAUUGAGCCAAGAAAAACACACCAUCCCUGUCCUGUCUAUAUCUGACUUACUAUCUGAUAUCAUGUUGUGGUGGAAGGGUGAAUGAGCAUAAAAUAUCUAUGCUGCUGCUGCUAAGAAAUUGGCCAUUCACCUACACUUUUUUUAGUAUUUCUAUGUGGAGGAGGGGUAGGGUAAGGGGGAAACCGUUUCUCAGUCACUUCCUGGUGAGGAUGUGACUAUUCUCCGAGUCGCAUCUUCGCCCCCACCCCCUCGCGGCCUCCCAACUGGAUUGGCACGGCCUUUCCUGCCGGGGACCGGACCAAAGCUUCAGCAGCUGUGCAGCACUGGAUUCACCGUGGAGCGGGCGAUGCUUAACCUGGAUCAGCGUUUGAAGCUCCGAAGUGUUGGGCCUGCUGCUUCAACAUCGCGGAGCGGUGGUUUGCAGAGCUUCCAGCGCGGGCGGCGCUGACUUCAACAUUGCGGAGUCCUGGGAUCCCUUUGCUGAGGGCCGCCAGCGUGAAUCUCCGCCCAGCUCGUCCUGCCGACUUCGGGAGCCGCGGUCUCCGGUAAGAAGUGGCCGAUUCGGAAGUCCAAGCCGCUGAGAAUGUUCUCCCGUUCUGACGUCGGAGUUCCAUCAUCCAGCGAGAGGGCCUGAAUAUCGGGCCGCCCAUAGCGGCGACAGCGAGGGGUUCGGGAGCUCCCCGACCAUGGGUGAACAACAGAGGAGGAUGACUGAACUUUGGUGCCUUCCCUCACAGUGGGAAACUUUGAUUCCGCUGUGUGGGGAUGUCUAUGUUAAAGACUAUCGUGUUCUGUGUGCUUUUUUUUAUACGUAUAGCUGUAUUGUGACCACAAAUUUCACUGUACCAAUUGGUACAUGUGACAAUAAAUGUCUCUUGUCUUGUC